AUGGGCUGGGUCUUUGGACCUGGAAUCACCUGGACAAAUGUGGCCAAAUUAGAGUACCUGCUGUCUAUCUUUAUUGCUCAUUCUUAUAAUAAUUGGGGAGGCGUGGGGUGGUGGGGUGGUGGGGUGGGUCGCGAAGGAGUCGGUAGGUGGGGGUGGGUGGGGGAGUUUGGGGAAAUUUUUCUCCCAAGCAUAUUUGUAACAAGCUCACUCUCCACUCAGUGUUUCCCCAAGACGUUACUUCACUGGCCUUUCUCAAGAUUGUGUUUUUGGACCAGUCCAUCAGGAUUUCUUCUGCCAGCCAUUCCCACAAGCCAGCGCACUCCUUGGCCCCGGCUCAGAAGGGAGACGGAGUUGUACAGUCUCGACCACUGCAAGGGCCGGUCCGGGUCAUUUUCUCCCGGUUGGCUCUGUUCUGCAGGCGUGUCCCGGUCGCACCCGGUACCGGCCAUCUGCCGGCCCCAUCCCGCGGAGCACAGGUGUGCACAACUACUCCCUGGCAGUGGGGCGCCAGGACAGUGCACCCUUGCUGUACCCCAAGUCCCUUCUGCAGCUCAUGUCAUCCACAGCCCUGACCCGGGUGGAGCCUGGCACAGGGUGUGGACUCCUGCUCUUUUUACCGCCCAAGCGGUGCAGCUCCCUCGCAGAAGCCCCUCAUCCGCCUCCCAUCCCCCCUCAACCCCGGUGGUCCCAGGCCUAAGCCAGCAGGUGGCCUUCGGGGCUCUUCUCCCUGGGGAGCAUUUCGGCCACGGGAGGGUAGCGCGGCCCCGCUCAGUGCGGAGCUGCAGGGACGGUGGAAGGCGCACAGCGGAGAGGAGCGAGCGGACUGGGCUGAGGCCGGAGCGCGGAGGGAGGAGCGCCAGGAGGAAGGGGCCGAGCCGGGAGAGCCCCCGCCCCGGGAGGAAGGGGAGGAGGCCGGGUGUUUCCUGGCGCAUUCCCGGCCCGCCCGAGUGACUCACUCGGCCAGGAAACUCC